CGGACAGUCCGAGAAGAAUGUUUGGCUGGUAACAGCUAUGUUUCUGCAAAAUAUAGCUAUUCUGUGGAUGUAUACUCAUUAUUUUAUCAAUGAUGUAAUCCAUUAAAUGCUUGAAUAUGGUGAAAAAGAAACAAAAAGGCACCAAGUCAACGAAAAAACAAGGUGAACAAUGGCAGAAAGAAGAUGUACAGGUUCAUACAGGAUUACCACCACAAGUUGAAGGCCAGUUACGAUGUUUUCUCCGAUUGUCCAUACCAGAGAUCGUAUGGGUGUCACCAAGUCCACCUGUUGUCACACAUGCUAGAGUUAAGUGGUGGGGAGAGGAUGGUGAUGGAGCUUUAUUCAGACCCUUAGAUGUGAAGCAGAAUGAUAAAGCUUCCAGUAAGACCAUAGCAAGGUACCCCAUCAGAUCUGGUCCAAAACAGUUUGCCUCCUACCUAGGUGACAUGGGCAGUAUAAUACUAGAAGUGUUAAGUGGUCCUUUGUUGUUACCUGUGGGAUAUGCUGAAGUCACACAGAUUGGACAGUUGUCACCUAAUCGUCCAGUUAAAGGAUUUUACCCAGUUUUCACAGAAGAAGAACAGAAGAUAGCAGAAAUCCAAGUAUCACUUGUUCUAGAAUCACUUAUGGCUUCCUACGACAGCAAUGGAUCAGUUCCAACAACAGAUAUCAGUUUUGAAACACAAGCUACACAAGAUUCCAUGUAUCCACAGAGAAAUCAACCUGUUCCACAUUCACAGGCUCCACGUAAACCUGUAGAUGACCCAUUUAUAUCUCCAGCUUCACAUCAGAAUGCAGAAGGUGCAAUGCAGAAUGGUUUUGCUGAUUAUGCAUCAGACCUUCGUCAACAGCUUAACUACAGCAUGAAUGACUUACCAUCCAAUCAAGUUCCUCCUGUCAGAUCUGGUAGUACUGUUGCCAUAACAACCAAUGGAGAUGUUGUUACUACAGAUCUUAGCUUCUAUGAUCAAAAUCCACAGCCUAAGAAGUCUAAUGGUAGACCUAGUCCUUCUAAGACUGAAUCGGAUAGGAAUCUGUUAUCUGUUUUACUGGAAAGAGGCAGUAAAUUACGAGACCAGAUGAUCAUAUCCAGUAUAGACGAUGAUAAAGGAAAUGGUCCAUCAGUUACCAAUGGUCCAGAUAUCAGUAUGAAUGGUGUCAACUUAUCAGGCAUGUCUGACAGGAGAGGAUCAGCUGGAAGUUUACUUAAAGAAAUCCUAAAGGCCGACAAUGAGAAUGACGUUGAUUUAUCUGCCUUAGAUUCCAGGGCUGUAGAUCUUAUGUUUGGUGGAACUGGAGCUUUUGAUUAUAAUAUGAUGAUGAAUGGUGGUCCAGGUUCCAGUAUAUCUGAUGAUAUGGAUGUGAUGAGUGAUCCUGGAGAUCCAAUACACAGUGAAUCAAUACUACAAGAACUCUUUUACAAAAAUCCUGAAUCUGAAGUAAGUGACUUGAGUGAGUUAAGUGGAGAUGAGCUGAAGAAGACAAAAUCUGUGAAGAGGCGUGCUAGUACUGCAUCUGUUGAAGAUCCUUCUAAUCAAAGACCUCCAUCAAGGAGAUCAUCGAUAUCAAGUUUAAAUUUCCCAGAACCACAAGUGACGGAGGACAAACCAAAGAAAAAGAUCAAAACUCCAAAGAGAAAGGCAAGGUUAAAGACAAAACGAACAGGAAGUAAGAAACGUAGACGAUCACGGAGCAGUGCCAGAAGUACCGCUAGUGAAUACAGCGACAGUGACAGAGCCUGUACACCACGGUCAGAAUUAUCACAAGUAUCAUUUGAUUUACCUGCUUCUGAUUUGGAUGAACCAGAGCAUGAUGAGCCAUCACGAAGUAAAAAAGUAGAUGGUUUAAGUGUAGAAAGGUUGACAUUACUCGGUCGAGUACAUGUAGCUCGUGUAGUGAUUGAUGCUCUUCAUCUUACUGGACAGGAGCUCAAUACAUCGUCAUCAUCAAAGAAAAGUUUUAAGUUCAAAACAGUAGGAAGACCUCCAAAGCCUUCACCUAAAGCUAAGAAGUCCAUGACAUACUUUAUAGAGUACCAGUUUCCAGUGGUAGCCACAUCUAGAGAUAAAUAUUCACCUAAUGCUUUGGCCACAGAGGUGAUGAGGGUGGCAUCCAAAAAAGUCAGUAAUGGUUUGGUGCAGUUCAAUCAUCGAUCUGUCUUCCCUAUUAUGUUUGAUGGUAAUGCAGUAGAUAAUUGGUGGAAAUCAGCUCUGGUGUUUAAAGUGUAUGCAAGAUCAGCAGGACAAAAAGUGCCAUCAUUGAUUGGAAGUUGUGGUAUACCAAUGAAGUCUGUGUUAAAAUCAGAAUCACUAUUUGUUGAUCGAGAAUUAGAAAUUAGAGAAUCUACAAAUAAAAACUCAUCUAUCAACUCCUCAAUACACAAAAAUGACUUAGAUGGUCUCUAUGGCAACUUAAAGGUUUCCAUUGAAUUAGCUUCCGACAGUAAAGACUUUUCUACACACCUAGCUCGUACAAAGCUAGCUGAAAUGUCUGGCAAAUCUAAACUAGUUCCCAUUCCUGCUCCAGUACCAAACAAACCACGCCCACCUCCUGCUCCAUCACAGAAUGUAGUGCAUACACAACCAGAACCACAACACUUGACUACACAACCUCAGUUCAACAAAGGUUCAUCAAGAACAUCUAGUGCUGCACUUAUUCCAGAGAUUCAACCAAUUCCUAAACAAAUCAGUCAUCAGUCACAAUAUACAGAUUAUAGUCCUGAGCAUGUGACUCUUCACACUUUAUUACUGGUACCUGAAGGCAGGGGCAUAUCAACACAGGGCAUACCAUCUUUAGUAUCAAUGAAAAGGCAUCCAGUAUUUCCUGUACAGCACCAUGCAUUGUCUCCUCCAGGUGUAAAGACCCGUGAUAUGAGUGUGAGAAACACAUAUUUAGUGUGUAGAAUGUUUUGGUGUGAUGAUGCAGUACAUUCCAAUGUGUGUUGGGGAACAUCAGAUCCAGCAUUUCAUUUUUCUCAGGUUGCUCCAAUGUUGAUGUCAACAGCUCUUUUAGAGAGAAUGAGAAACAAUUUUAUGGUUAUAGAAGUAUGGGAUAAGAAAACUUCAGCAGAAAAUGAUCAGUUGAUUGGCAUAGUCAAGAUCAGCCUGCAUCAGUUUUAUAUGUCAUUCAGGGAUAAGAAAAUUGCAAAUACUCUUCUUAAAUCUCAGUUUCCUGUGAUAGCACUUGAUAACUACCUCCCUAUUGUUAACCCAUUAAAUGGAUCACAGUUUGGACAGCUACAAGUUUGUCUAGCCAUUGGCUCAGCUGAACAGGUUGCUGCCCUACAAAGAAUCAAAGUUGAUGGUGUGGCACCUAACCAUUUGCCAGAGAGACCUCAACAUUAUUUGGAAAGGAAUGAUCUACAACAGUCAGAUGACAUCAGUCCUCCACAUAUAGGUACAGAAUCUAUUGUGGAGCACAUAUUUGAAGUAGUAAUAGAAGGAUUGAGAGGUCUGACUGCAUUUGAGAACAUGAUGUGGGGAGAAGCAGAUUGCUUUGUACAGUACCAUUUCCCAGCUCAAUCAAAUAAUCAUGUCCAAGGAUCACCUGUUAUCAAACAUGCUGUGCCAAGUAUGAAGUCCUUCAGAAGUGCAACAACAUUAUGUAUACCUGAUCCUACUUUCAAUGAUGUUACACGGCAUAGAAUCGUUCUAUCAAUGGGAACACCUGUACAGAGAGAAUUACUCACAGCCUGUGCUGGAACUGGAGGAGGAGGUCUACCAUUUGAAGUGUGGUGUAGAUAUUAUCAUCCUAAUGUUAGGGAUCAGUGUAUAGCCAAGACAAACUUGCCACUUGCCAAAUUAUGUGCUAUGGUUACCAUGCAGAAAAGAGGGGAGCCAUCAGUUCAAACUUUUGCCUUGCCAUUAACUCAAGUAGGAUCAGAUUCAGAAAUGAAGGAUCCAGAGUCCAAAUCAAAGAUGAAAGAGUCUGGAUUAAUGGAUGUAACAAUACACUAUAAAACAAAUACAAUACAGAAUGAAUUGAAUGCAGCUUUACAGAAGAAUCUGUCAGGAUCUCAAGUCUGUAUAUCUGUCAGUGUCAUCAGAGCUACUGGAUUAAAGGCAGCAGCUGAAUCCAUAGCCCACCUUGAUACAGGGAUGCAGUAUCCUGCUGAAGUUGGUGUUAACUCCUAUGUCAAAGUCAAACUCUCUUUCCUCCAGAAACAGGAUGAGAGACUAACGAGAACAAUAGCAAGAACAUUUUGUCCUGAAUAUUCUCACCAUAUGGAUUUCCCAUGUCCUUUGUUAUGGACAGAACCAGACAGUGAUGCAAUGACCUUAGCUGAAAUUUUGGAAUGUGGAGAAAUAACAAUGGAAAUCUGGCAUCAAGUCCCUGGCAUGUCCUCAGAUUUUGACAGACAUUUACUGCAGGAUAUGGACAGUGGUGUUAAGGGGAGACAACUUCUUGGAAAGACGGGAGAUGUUCUGUUAGGAACAGUAACUCUUUCAUUAUCAUCCUUACUAACUCACAGAACAGGAAUAACUGGUUGGUAUGCAGUAAACUCGCCUCCAUCAGGUUGGAAUGAGGACACUAGUAUUACAGAGGAGACAAACAGUGGUAACAGAGGUUUAGAACGAGUAGUAGGAGGGCUAGAGAUGGCUGUUAAGUUUGCUCAUCACAAUGAUAGAGAACGAGUAAUACACACAGCCAGAGGUGUAGGAUGGUCUCCUAUAGAACUCAAUGUAGAGGAGGAAGAAGCCUGGGAAAGUGAUGAUGAAAGUAGUGGCAGAUAUCAGAAUGUGACAGUAUCAGUAGAUCAAGUCUCCUUCCCAGUCCAGAAUGCACUGAUUACUGGACAAAACAGUCUAGAUAAGUCUGCAAGAUGUUAUGUUCGAUACAAAGUCUAUGACAAAGGUGCUGUUGUAUCCAAGAUUCAGCCUAUGUCCGUGAACAGUGAAGGUUAUAUUGUAUCACAGUUAAAUCACCACCAUAACUUCCAGAUAUCUGUUACUUCUCCGUUUAAGUGGUAUUUACGAGAAGAGAAAUUAGAAAUCCAAAUUUGGGUAACAUAUGCCAGUCGUAAACACCAUAAAAAUAAACCACAACAUAGAGACAAGCUGAUUGGUACUGCAUACAUAGAUAUGGAAUCACUUAAUGAUGAAAGGAGAAAACAACACAGAGUCAGUGGAAUGUAUCCCUUGUUUAAACCUGGAUCUUCUAGUUUAGGUGGUGCCUUUGCAAGGGCUCAUAUAACCUCUAAACCUCAGUUUGGUCCUCUUCAUCAGGAACAAAGCGAUGAUGACUUGGAGGAAGAAUUAUCUGACAGAUCAGUGACAGAGGAUCCUGAUUAUGAUCCAAAUGACAGCUUCCACCAAUUGUCUAGCCUCAAGAAGGAGAAGUCCAAGAAAUCUAAUCUGAGUGUUGUAGAAGAGAAAGAAUCAUCUGUGUUUAGUGUUGUGAUUUCUAUAGACAGAGCCAUGCAUUUACCACAUAUUGUUGACAAAUCCAGAUCUGAUGAAAGUCAUCCAAAUGCCUAUGUGUCUUACCAGACGUCAGAAUCAUCAAGUCCAUCCUACACAGCAGUCUAUCACAACUCAGAUAGUCCCAUCUGGGAUCAUCAACAUGAAACUAAACUUAGUACAGAAUUACUGUAUCAGGAAAAUAAGAAUUUAGUACUUAAAGUUUGGCAUAAACCUCAUGGUGCUUCAAAAGAACCAGAUAAGUCAGCUGAUCGAGUCCUAGGAUUUGUGUCAGUAGAUUUAACUCCUCUGUUGUCAGGGUUACAGGCGAUUUGUGGCUGGUACAAUAUAACAGACUUCAAUGGCCAGUGCAAAGGACAAAUUAUGGUAAACAUUUGUCCACAGGAUUCAGUGACACAAUACAACUUAUCUGAUCACGGAGUACAACCAACCAGUUUACCUGCUGGAGUCAGUACAUCUGGAAUAUGGUUCUGUGAUCCACCGAUUUCACUGCCCACUACCACUGCUCCAUUUACCAGCAAUCUACCUCACUUUAAUGCCCAUUAUGAUCAGGUUAAAGUACAUCAUGAACAGUUACAACAACAGCUCAGCGAAAAUAUUAGAACAUUCCUGCAGAGACAUCAGGAGAAUCAGGAAUCCCCUAUAUCUACUCUACCGUCCAGUGCUACUCUUCAAACAAAUCUGUCAUCCAGUGUGCCGUCCCUCAACCAUGUGCCAAGUCUUUCAACAGCUCAAUAUGAUGGUGGUGCCAGUGACUCCUCUAGGUCAUAUUUGUUUUCAUCACUCAGAAAACAAAUGCAGGACUUGGAUGAGAUAACAUACAAACUCAAGCAGAAACUGGUAACCUCCCCGUCAACAACAGGAAGUUCAUUCCAUGUCCAGCAUCCACCUCAGUAUGUUACAUCUUAUGACACUCCACACUUGAACCAAUCAGGAUCAAGUAUACCAGUCACAUGUCAGUCACAACAGUUGGCUAACUCACUAACUCAGUCUGGUGUUUCUACCUUAUCUUCCCUUCAGUUUGCACAGAGUCGACAGGAUACAGUGAGGCAAAAUGAGGCAGAGUUGAUGUUGACUGGUUCCCAGGAGGCUGAAUCUUCUCAAACGGGAGCAGAUUCUGGAGCCUUCUCAGCAACUCAUUCCAGUGAGAAAUAUCAAGACCAUGAUGCUUUAGACUCUCAUAGGAGUGGAAGUGAUAAACUUGAUACAUUCCGAUUUGGCACAACACCAAGAGAUUUUGUUGGACUUACUGAAACUAACAGUACAUUAGCAUGUGAUUCUACACCUAGGGACCAGUCUAAUAACUCUGAUACAGGGAUAAAUAUGAAGUUUACACCUAGAGAAGAUGAAUUAAUGUCAACUUCAAACACCUUUACAUCAAAUGCUACUCCUAGGGAUCCUACUGUAUUAGGUGUGACCCCUAGAGACAAUUAUUCCCCUCGAGAAAUUACUGAGAACUCUGAUGCAUCAUCAUUAGGAUUUCUGUAUCAUGGAGAAAAUUCACAACGAAGUACUGGGUCAUUCAAACUUGAUUCAGCAAGGUCAUCAAAUGGAAAUGGCAAUGGACAUAGUCAUGUUGAUCCUAAAGAAAUGAGUAUUAUUCAGGAGAAAACAGAGUACGAAGGAUCAGAUGGUGAGGGUGAUCCAAAUUAUUAUCAUCGCUAUCGAGAUAUUCUUGAUGAAGAGGAAAAUGAAGACGAUUCAGAUGCUGAAAGAAGCGAUGAAGAUGUUAUUAUGCCAAGAACUCUGAAUGAUGUUUCAGGAAAGUUUGGUGGAAUUCCAUCAUCUGAUCUUUCAUUUCAUAGGACUUUAAAGCCAAGGGAUAAAAUGGUGCCAAAUGAUAUUAAUAGUAGUGCUGCAAAUGAUAGAGAAAAAAUUAAUGAGGAUAGUUUCUUUGACAUUGAAUCUGUUCCAAACUCUAGAACACCACAACGAACUCAGAUUUUACGAGAUCAAUUUGUUGAAAAAGAUAGCUGGUUUUCUGAUAAUGAAGAUGAUGAGGAAAAUGAAAGAUCACGAUAUAAACCGUCGUGGAGUCCAAAGAGUAAGAAGCAUGAGGAAUUUAAUUUAAAUUUUCACGAAAAUAUUGAUGAUUUAAACAGGAGUGGUGAUGUUGACUCUGAUCGUUUACUUGAACAUGUUGACUUAGAGUCAGAAAAUUCUGGUAGUGUCACACAAAGAGAGCGAACGUCACGUGUGUCUUCAGCAGGAAGUCAACGAUCUAUACCAUCUAGAUCUGAAUAUUCAGUCGAAAGUGAUCACGUGCCAAAAUCUCCAAGAGCUUUAUAUAGCAAAGUUGUUGAUGAACUUGACGAUUAUUUUUUUCCAAAAGAAACUAAUCCAAUGACACAAAAUCAGACUGAGGUCAAAUUAUCUGUAGAAAGUGCUAAUAGUUCUCGAUCAGCAACUCCAGUGCCAAUAAUACGGGAAAGUGAAAUAGACACUAACUUAAUGAACGGUGAUGCUAACCAAUAUUCUGACUAUGAGGAAGAUGAUUUUGAAAGUAGAAAAACUAAAAUGUCAUUAAAAAGUGAAAGUAAAACAUCUGCUAUGCCAAACUUUUUCCUUCCUGCUCAGCAUCUGGAGGCUUCAAUGAAAGCAUUAGAGAUAGCUACAUCAGGACCUUUUAAUCCAACUAGUGAAAAGGAUUCUGAUGUGUCUGAUGAUCCUGAAAGACAGCAAGGGAAGACAAAGGAGGCAUACCAUAUGAAGCAGAAACUCUUAGUAGACAAGAAAAAAUUCAAUGGACAAACAAAAGGGAGACAACUCCCAACAGCCGAGGAAGCAAAAAGAAUAGCCAAGAUUUUCUCAUCCAAGCUGUCAUGAAAAUUUUAAAUUAUCCCUUGAUAUUCUGAAGUGCCAAAAUAUUUGUAUUGGACGUAAAAUGCGUUUGGUGUUAAUGCUUGUAUGUCCUCUUCUCGGAUUGGUGAAUAAAUGAAUGAAUUGUAUUAGGCUUACAAGCAUGAAAAGUGUUGUAAAGGUGGAACUUAUUCCAUAAACAUGUACUUUGUACAAGGAGCCUAAAAAAUGUGGUCAGAAUUGUAUAGGAAAUACGUUUGUAUUCUACAGCUCCGUGAUUGUAGGCAAAUAAUAUGUAUAAUAUCCAAAACACUGAAAUUGCAGAAAUCAAUAUAAUUGAUCUUUUUUUGCAAUAUUACAUUUUUGGGAAACAGAAUCCUUUAUAGGGUCAGUAAAGUAGAUAAAUAGUCAGUGAUUAAAAGAAUACACUGAACUAAAAUAAUUGGUAUCAAUUUAAUCUUGAAAAUAUGUUGUUAGUGAUUCAUUGUGUUAAGAUUUAGGGAAACAAAACUAUAUGUCUGUUUCCUGUCACUCAACUAAGCCUAAAACAUUUGAUUUCCUUGCUGAAAUAUUAUUCAAGAAACGAUGUUUGUGUUGUUAGUAUGAAUCCUACUUCUGCUGACUUGUUCCAUCAAGUUUGUAAUAAAAUUGACCAAAAUUGAGUGAAAAGUAAUCAAAACAUUUGAAAUUACAAUAGUUCUACCAUGCCUGUUUGAAUUACCAGAUGUAUAGUGUAUCAUUGGAAUGGGCCAUGGAGAAAAUGUGAUUAUAUUCAAAGUGAGAAAAGAAUUCUGACCAACCAACCCUAUUUUUAUCUGGCAGGAAAACGACACAUUGUUUUUUGGCCUUAAUAAGAGUCAAAUAUCAAUCAUGUAAUGACAAACUAUAAUGGUUGAUAUUAUUCUACAAAAAACACUUUUAUUUUAUUGUAUUUAAGUUAUUGUUAUCUAAAAAAACUCAGCUGAAGUAUGAAAAUAUGAUCGUUUAGUCGAGAAUUUUCAGAUGCAGAUUUUUUACUAAUUCAGCUGAAAUUUUUUCCAUUUAUGAAACAAUGUAAAUCUGAAUCAUAUUAACAAAAAGUAGCAUACAAGUAUCAUCUAUAUCAAACAUACUUGAUUUUCAUUGCUAGAUAACCUUAAAAGCUAAGUAAGUAGAUAUCAUGUUUACUCUCCAAUACCUCCAUCCUUAAAUUCAAUUCUAGAAUCAUUCAUUUGACUGGAAAUUAUAACUAGAGACAUGUUUUUUUUUUCAUUUGUUAGAGUAUUUCUCUAGUUUUGGGAAUAAUGUGCUGGGGAUUAAGUGAGUUUAAUCCCUUCUUAUUCAUCGAAUAUUUUGGAGAACUCUUUAUUCCUUUGAUCUGAAUUGGAAAUGCUAAUAUUAUGUUUUCUCUUGUUUACCUUUCAUCAUUGCUCUAUAUUAAUAUAAAGUAGUAAUACUCAUUGUAAGGGGAAAUAAC